GCCUGUCUCUGACUUUCGAAUAAUAUAAAUAAGAACUCGUUUGUGUGUGUUAUGUACAUAUCCAUCUAUAGUGUAUACACGUAAUCGCGUUGCAGCGCUGCUGACGUCCGAAUGAGGAGGACGUCACACCUGUUGCUGGACACGGCUGAAGACCAUUAAAAUUCAGGCGUAUAAGAAACAAAAUUCGGAAUUAUGACGCGGAAAUUGAGCAAAUUUCUUAUACUCUUUGACAAUACUAAUCUCCUAUAUUUUCCUGGGCAUUUUUUAUCGGGCAGAGUACUCAUUGAACUUGAUGACGAGGCCUACGUUUCCGGGCUGCAUUUUCACGUCGUUGGCGAGGGAGUCGUCAGGGUUCGAAGUCAGCGCGCCGAGCGGGUCUACGACAAGGAAAACUACAUCGAUUUCCGCAUGAGACUUUUGGGGGAGCCAGACGAAGGUCCGUCGCUCCUAUCCCCGGGGAUCCACAGCUUCCCCUUCAAGCUCGGACUUCCCCUUGGACUGCCCUCGACCUUCCUCGGGAAGCACGGAUGGGUCCAGUACUACUGCAAGGCGGCCCUACGCGAGCCAGGGGGCCUGACGCACAAGAACCAGCAGGUCUUCAUCGUGAUGAACCCGAUCGAUCUGAACCUGGAGCCACCGAUACUGGCGCAGCCCGCCAAGCUCGAGGUCGAGCACCGAGUCGGCGUCUCCUGCCUCUCGGGGGGCCCCGUUUUCUGCAGGGUCAGCCUCGACCGCGGUGGCUACGUCCCUGGGGAGACAAUCGGCAUUUCCGCCACGGUCAGCAACCGCAGCAAGGUCACCAUGAAGUCCACAAAGGCCUCGCUGACCGAGACGAUCCAGUACUUGUGCAGAGGAAAGGUCCUGGCCAGCGAGACUCGAGAGCUCGCCAGUGUUUCGAGGGGGAAAAUCCGACCUGGGGAGGGCGAGGAGUGGCUCAAUGAGCAAAUGUACGUCCCUCCGCUGCCGCCGACGAACCUGCGAGGGUGUCACCUGAUAAACAUACUCUACCACGUAUACUUCGUCAUCACUCCGAAGAGCCUUGACAAGGAGAUCAAGCUGCAGAUACCGAUCGUCCUCGCCACUUAUCCCCUCAGACCGGAAGGAGCGCCGGCCGGAACCGCGCCCUCGAAAAGGGGGGCCCAUUACCCGUCUACUUUGCCGAUAUUCAGGCCCUGGCUGGACGACAAGGCGUUUGAUGUACAGGAGUAGAUUAUCGUCGAUUAGUAAUCGAUGCACAGCUCUGUGCGAUUGGAUAUUUUUUUAACACCGUCUAAAGCGCCAUAUUAAUUUUAUAACAGUAUCCUAAUUUUUUUUAAGCCACGCGCACUGGAAUCUAAUAACGAAACUAUGAGAGUUAUACCAUGUUUUAGACGUCAGUUCCGCGCGUAUUUACAACGACGGUUAAUUAUAAUGAUUGUAUUUAAUAUAUGUAAUUUAAUGUAGUUUAUAUACAUACUGAUAUAAAUAUAUUUGCGUAUGUGUGCAUGACUUGUAUGCUUUUAUGUUUGUGUACCAGUGUGCUUGUUGUUUCAUCUCGCCAUUUAACAGAGAUCGUUGAUAAUCCUAAAAAUUGUAUGUUAAAACGAAUUUUUACCCGAAAUACAUACGUACAACUAACCGAA